UAUAAUCACAGCAGCGCAGCGGCGGCAGCAGCAGCAACAGCAGCAAUGGCCGCUUUCCGCAGAGUGGCAUCGCUGGCCGGUAAGCUAAACCUCUGGUCGGCGGCUAGAAACGAGCUCGUCGGCGGCCAGACGGCCAGCGGAGGAAGGGCACGGAGGUGUCUGGCUGUCGGGAUGUGUCUUGCAACGGGGGGAGCCGUGGCGCUUUACUUCUACAACGAUAUGACGAGCGGCGGAGGCAGGAAGAGGAUGUCGGGUCACAGCAUCAACGCGUUGCUGCCGUCCAUCCCGACCGUGGUGGCCAAGGACAAGGGACGUCCAUUUGACUUUGAGGACGGAGACGUGUACAUGUCGUCCCACGAGCAUCGCUUCCGCACGUUCAGCUCUGUGGAGUAUGAAGGGCAGCUGUACAUGACUCCACAGAACUUCAUUGAGUCUGUCACCAUGAGCGAACCGAGAAACAAGAGGCCCUGGAGGUCCCUGACCAAACAGGAGCUGGAGAAGAUUUUGACAGAAACUCCCCCAGUAUGGAGAGGAUCCUCCAAAUUGUUCCGCAACCUGAGAGAACGAGGCAUCAUCUCAUACACAGAGUACCUGUUCCUGCUCUGCAUCCUUACAAAGCCCCAUGCUGGCUUUAAGAUUGCUUUCAAUAUGUUUGAUGCAGACGGCAACCAGAUGGUGGACAAGAGGGAGUUCUUGGUGCUUCAGGAGAUCUUCCGGAAGAAAAAUGAGAAGAAAGGAAGAAAAGGAGAUGCUGAGAAGUCAGCACAGUUGAGUAUGCAGCUCUAUGGAUAUCAGGUUGCCCCCAUGAACAGCGUGCUAAAAAAAGACAGUCAGGAGUUUGUGGCGCGGAGUUACUGGGACGUUCUGAGGCGAGGUGCCAGUCAAGUCCUCUUUUCUGACCUGGCGGAGCGAGCAGAUGAGAGUAUCACCAUCGACACCACCCUACUGGUCCAUUUCUUUGGGAAGAAAGGGAAGGCAGAGCUUACAUUCGAUGACUUCUACAGGUUUAUGGAUAACCUUCAAACAGAGGUUUUGGAAAUUGAGUUUCUGACCUACUCUAAAGGGAUGACCACCAUCAGUGAAGAAGACUUUGCCAAAAUCCUGCUGCGCUUCACCAACGUGGAGAACAUCAGCGCCUACCUGGAGAAUGUCCGUCAGUGUAUACCUGACGAGAAGGGAAUCACAUUUGAUGAGUUCAGAUCCUUCUUCCAGUUUCUGAACAACCUCGAGGACUUUGCCAUUGCCAUGCAGAUGUACAAUUUUGCGUCUCGCUCCAUUGGACAAGACGAGUUUGCAAGAGCGGUGUAUGUGGCCACUGGGCUGAAGCUGACACGUCACCUUGUACACACCAUCUUCAAGAUCUUUGACGUAGAUCAUGACGACCAGCUCUCCUAUAAGGAGUUCAUCGGUAUAAUGAAGGACCGUCUGCACAGGGGAGCCAGGAUGAAGGGCCGACACUACACCUCCUUCUCCAAUUGUGUUCGCUCUGGGGCCAGAAGACAAGUGCACCAGCUCUGGAGGAGGUACAAGGAGAAGCCGUAGAGGACGGGAGAGAAGGAAGAAAGAAGUCUGGUGAUGGAAUAAAUUGAAUUUAGCUCUGACUUUUAAAGUCAGUAGUCUGACUUAACAGCAUUGUAUUUUUUGAGGGCAGAUCUCCAAUGGACCUUCAAAACAGACAACUACAAGCAUGGCCAUACACAGAUGACUGGCGCUCUGUAUGCUGAUAAUGAGCAACAUCAUUCCUUUUUGGGUUCCUGUUUUCCCAGUCAUUGUGAUCUGAUGUCAGUCAUCCCAAGUACGUUUUACAGAGUAUUAAAACAACAGAAUUAUACUAAAAUAUGACUGUAGUGUCAAAGCAUGACUCCUCCCUAACAGUCAGUACUAACUAACUAAUCAUUAUUUCUGUUUUGGAUAAAUCGGCAUUUUUUUUAAAUUAAGCUAUAAAUAAUGUUAUUGUGACCAGUCUGAAAAUGCAAAGUACUAAUUUUAUAACAAUAUUAUAUACAUAUAACUAAGCAAGUGAACAUUUUUGAAGUUCUUCCAACCAACCAGUACUUUCACUUAAUGAAUGACAUUAUCGAUUACUCAUUAGAAAUAUAAUAUAUGCUUGUUUUUUCCUUUUUGCUGCACUACAGUGUAACUGAAAGAGCACAACAAACACUACAAAGGAACACUACAGUUUUAGAAUUAAAGGAAGGCUUUGUGAAUGUUUUGUCCUCACAUCAUUUUAAAUCAUUUCAGUCUUUUUUCACUUAAUUUUAGUUUGAUCUCAUUUCGCCAUUAUAGUUGUUGCUUUUUAUUGCACCGAGAGAGCACGUAAACACUAUUACUACAGUUAGAAAAGCUUUAUUAUCCUAAUAUUACUAUGGCACUAGACAAUGGAAGAGAUUUCUUUUUUUGUAAUUUCAAUAUUUGACAUCACUGAAUCCUAAAUGUUUUAACCUUUGUGUUAGUCUUAGUUGCAUGUAUGGCAUAUAUACAGUUUGUUUAUAAAGGACAUAGAUAUCCACAUAGGUGCCUUCUACCCAUUCCUUAUCUCAUCUGAAAAAUGUCACACAGGAAAUCACUUUUCCAGCAAAUAAUUCAGCACCAUGUAGCUUUUAAUAACAACAGAACUUAAAAGAUGUACUGUAUGAUUCAUUGACCAUUCUUGUAAUGUAAUGUCGUAAUAUAUUUUUAAUUGAAUAUUUGCACAUCUUGGGGUGAAAUAAGGAAUAUAUUUUGAAUAUAUUGAAAUGAAGGGAAAAGUCUAUAUGUGUAAGAAAUUACAGGUUUUUUUUUCAUAGUUAGUUUCCAUAGAAGUUAUUUCUCAUAAUAUGAAUGAUCUCCAUCGUGUUAUCAAUAAUGGAUGUUUGUCACAUCAGUGGACCUGGUGAAUGAAUUUUCAUGCAUGAAUAAACUAUU